AUGCAGUGCGUCGGAAUCAAUACGCUUCCACAGGAGCUCAUAGAUGCUAUUAUCGACGAGAACCAGGACGACCAGGCUGCAUUGCGUGCCUGCUCCCUCGUAGCUCGUCCAUGGACUUAUUCUUCCCAGCGGCACAUUUUCUCCCGCGUCCACUUCCGCAACCAUUCGCAACAAUGCUACUACCCCGGCAAAUUGCACAAGACUUCGUGCGACAUCAGCAGAUUCCACGAUCUCAUAUCCAUGCGCCCUCAUUUAACGUCGUUUGUCAGGACACUCCAAGUCGAGCCUAUUCUUGACGCAGCGCAAGAACAGCUCCUCGCCAGCACCCUCCAAAGGCUCGUCAACUUGGAAUGUAUAUCCCUCGAUCUCGGGGGCUACUACUGGGACGAGCUCUCCCAAUGCAUGAGGGAUGCCCUCAUCACUACUUUCCGUUCCCCGCGAAUAACUAACCUCGAACUUCGGGAGGGUCUAUUCCUCCGGUCUGCUGAUUUCCUUGCUCUCCUGGGUGCAUGCGAGCAUCUCAAGCGGCUCUCCCUCUCCGCCAUGUCCUGUGAUGACCUCGAAGAGUUCGUCCAGGCCGACACAGCGGCGCUCACUUUGCCCUGCGGGCUCAAUCUGCAGCUCGAUUCGCUUGCGCUGAGUCUGUACGAACAGUCGUACCUCCCACUCAUGCACCGUCUGCUGCAGCUCCAGCCCUCUAUGGAUCUCAGUCAUCUCCACCGUCUGUCCGUUCUCACUGCUGGCUCUGGACACUUGUCAGAGCGUAUUGAGGCGACGAAGGAGAUUCUCAAGUUGAACAGUAAUUCACUCCGGCACCUCGUUUUGAACGUGUGUCUAGGAGAACCGCUGUCCAACCUCAUUGACAUCAAACGGCUCCUCUCCAUCCAGAUAAAGCUAUGGUGGAUCCGCUUAGACCAGCACACCGAGCCCACACUGUGGCUUCGCUGGCUGAUAGAAUCAUUCCAGGACCUCGCCAAGCACCGCGUGGAGGAAGUCACCUUUGAGAUCUUCUACAACUCUGAUUGGACCGCAUAUACAGCCGAGUGGGCCGCGCUCGACGCCGUUCUCGGGGAGAUGCGCUCUCUGACGAAGGUCCACGUCAAGCUGGACGCGUACGAUGAUGUCAGAGGGAGGUGGAAGCUCCCGAGGGAAUACUCCCUCUCUGCGGCGAAGGACGUGGAGAGGAUACUUCCUACUGUUUGCUCGCGGAAGAUCCUGGCUUGUCAGUUUGCGGCGAAUUUUCCUUGGUGA